CAUGACUGUGGCUUCUGCGGUGGGCGGCACGCCAGUAUCUACUGCCAGCGGGCCAAAGCCCUUAGGGGAAAAGGGGGAUACCAAGGCCCGGGAGGGGCAAAGGGCCCAGCAGCCACGGCUGGAAAAGGGCCCCAGCCCAAUUAAAAUCCCGGUGCUCCGGAGGCUGCUGCGUGACUACCCCAACAGGGAGCGCGCACGCUAUAUUGAGGACGGUUUUGUGAAGGGGUUUAGGAUUCCGUGCCAAUCCAGGCGGGUCCAUAGUUUUGCACGCAACCUAAAAUCGGUUAGGGGGAUGGAACACAUAGUAGCGAAAAAGAUAGCCAAGGAGGUGUCUCUGGGGAGGGUGCUGGGCCCCUUUGACAGGCUGCCACUGCCAACAUUGCGGGUAUCCCCUUUGGGCGUGGUCCCUAAGAAGGCGCCGGGAGAGUAUAGGCUUAUCCACCACCUGUCCUACCCAAGGGGCGACUCGGUUAACGAUGGGAUACCGGCGGACCUUUGCUCAGUACGGUAUACAUCGUUUGAUGAGGCUGUGGCCAUGAUCAGGGGCUGCGGGCCUCGGGCACUGAUGGCGAAGUGCGACAUUGAAUCCGCCUUCCGCCUCCUGCCCGUGCACCCUGAUGACUUUGACCUUUUGGGCUUCGCAUUUAAAGGGGGAUUUUACAUCGACAGAGCCCUCCCCAUGGGAUGCUCGGUCUCCUGUGCGGCCUUUGAGGCUUUCAGCUCUAUGCUGGAAUGGGCACUGCGCCGGAGGGCGGGGCUACGCUCCUCCGCUCACUCUUUAGAUGACUUUAUUUUCGGAGAAAGGGAGGGCUCUGGCCAAUGCCUACACUUACUGCGCUCAUUCAGGGCACUCUGCGGGGAUCUGGGGGUGCCACUGGCUAAGGACAAGACAGAGGGCCCGACCACGAAGCUUACAUUUCUGGGGAUAGAGCUGGACACGGUGGGACAGCUCUCACGCCUCCCCGGGGACAAGCUCAGCAUCAUGAGGGAAUUGCUCAGGGAAUGCAGAGAGGCUAGGAAGGUAACGCUACGCAAAUUGCAAUUGCUGGUUGGCCACCUGAACUUCGCUUGCAGGGUGGUGGCUCCAGGCCGCCCCUUUCUAAGGCGCCUGUGUGACGCCAUGGUGGGGUGUAAUCGACCCCAUUUCCUCAUUAGGGUGUCUACCGCCAUGAGGGAGGAUAUGGGGCUCUGGCUCAGGUUCCUGGAGUCCUUUAAUGGGGUGUCAUUCUGGCGUUCUUCCCAGCUGCUCGAGGCCGACUUCCAGGUUCAGUCAGACGCCGCGGGCGGCCUUGGGUUCGGCCUGUACCUGAGAGGGCGCUGGUGCGCGGAACGAUGGCCGGGCAGCUGGUCGGAACGGGGAAUCACAAGGGAUCUCACCUUCCUCGAACUCUUCCCCAUUGUGGUGGCGGUGCACAUUUGGGCCGAGUCCUUCAAGGACUCGGUCGUGCGUUUCUGGUGCGAUAAUUUGGCCGUGGUUCAGAUUAUUAAUAGCCAGACUUCCAAAUCACAGAGGGUGAUGGGGCUGGUGCGGGCCCUGGUUCUAACAUGCCUUCGCCAUAACACGCUCUUCACCGCCCAGCAUGUUCCAGGGGUGCAGAACGAGGUGGCAGAUGCCCUGUCUCGCUUCCAGAUGCAGCGCUUCCGGAAGCUGGCACCUGGAGCCGCCAAGGAGCCCGAGCAGGGCCUCAGUCGGCUGGGCCGAGGGCGGCCGGGCAGCGCGCAAGAGUCCUCAUACUGGGCCAUUCCUUCAUUUUCUGGGCACGCAAGUGGGCGCAGAGCGCCGACCCUGGAACCCAGCUUGGUUUGGGGCGUUGGGCCACUGUGGAGUGGCUUGGCCGGCGGGGCAUGCGGAGGGCCCAGUUCCUGCCGAUGCUGCACGAGUUCCUGGAAGGGAAUCCUGUCCCGGAUGUCCUGCUGCUGCAUUUUGGAGGCAACGACCUGGUGGACCAGUCUGGCAUUUCGCUCUCAAGACAGAUUGCCCAGGACCUGGUGGUCGCCCUCUCCUGGUGCCCGGGGCUGGUGGUCAUCUGGUCUGACAUCACUCAGCGGCGAGUCUGGAGGGGGGCGGUGAAGCAGAACAAGGUAGAUAGGGCUAGGCGCGGGGUGAACGCGGCCAUGGCGCGCUUCAUCGCCUCAAAGGGGGGUGGGUGCAUCCCACACAACGACAUCGCGUUCUCGCUCCCCCAGUUAUUCAGGGGUGAUGGGGUGCACUUGUCCCCCCUUGGUAUGAGGUAUUUCUUAGACGAUCUGCGGCUGGGGUUGGCAACAGUGCUGUUAGGCCUGUGGGGUGGCGGGGCGUCAAGCUAGGCUGACGCCCGCUGUGGCGGGCACAGUGCGGAGGUGAGCGGCUGAUGCGGUGCGGCACCUUAGGUAAGCUUUAGCUGUAAGGUGGAGGGGCAGAUCCCUUGAGGCUUUACAGAUCAGGGAUGCUGCCUUGCUCCCACCUCCCUGCAACCGACACCCUUCCGUAUGGCUUUACAGCGUCGGACAGGUGAUGUAAAUUGCAGGGUCCUGACCUUAGGUCGGCAACGAAGGGCGCCCCCUUCUGGAAGGUGGGCCGCCUGGAGCCGAGGUGUCUGUGCCAUGAGAUUCUAGGGCGGGGGUGGCCACGUGGUGCCCCCCCCCCAUCCGAGCCCGCACUGUUGCUGCUCUGAAUGCCAACCCCAGCUGCCGUGCCUGUGCAGGCACUGUCUUAAAACCUUGUACCCCUAAUAAAGUGACCAGUUCCUCCAUAAUACUUCUGUGUCCGUGUCUCCUUGGGUCUGG